AUGAGCCCAUACCCAUAUCCGCCGAUCCCCAUCGACUGUGUGGAUAGUUUGAAAUCACCGAGCUCUAUCCACUCGCCCAGAGAAUUGGUUCUCGUGUCUAGGACGAACUCGGACGAGUGGGGCCCGCCUGAUGAAGCCGCCGCCAAAGCGCUGCAGGCCACUGUGAGCCUUGGCAGUGAACGACUGCUUCGAACGCAUCAUCGAUCGCUAGCGCCCUGUACCUUUGUAUUUGAGACUGAAGUCAAUGAAAAGAUCAUGUGGGUUGUAAGCAUUGGACCUUACGUGCCGAUGUACGACACACACGCGGGCGGGCGGGAGAUCCACUUUCGGCCAGAACAUCUGCUGCCUCAGAUCUCGCAGGUGUAUAGUGGCAGUCGUCAGGAUCCUCUGCAAGGCGUGAUCAACCCACGGAGGUUUCUCCCGGCGGCAUAUCUGGAGUCGCUGCGUCGUUUCUUCCCGGCAGCCAUCGGGGCUCGAGUUUUCAUCGCGGGUUAUCUCGUUGUUUUAUUUCGUAGUCAGAGGGACAUCGAAGCGUCGUGGCUGGAAGGCUGUGUGCCGUCAUUCGGACUGUUGCGGCUGGGUUAUGCUGUCGCUGUCCAUUAUCCCGCGGAGACACUGCCGGAAAGUGAGAGUGCAGUCACUAAAUCGCCCGAACAAACGGAUCCCGCGGCGUCUUUGGGUCUCAAGUUGGAGUUCACUGAUGGAUCGCAGGGCAUUUGUGUCCCAACACACGCCUUUGUCGACGUGAAUAAACCCCAAGAUAACCCGAACCGUAAACGCGCGAGUCUGCUCGAAAAGACCAAAGCGAUGUUCUCGAUCGCGACCGUGAUGAAAGUUAAAGAAAGUCUCAAGGUGGGAGCAGCCGUCAACUCGUCUCUUGGAAAGAGCAUGUGGUUGGGGCAACCAAAAGAGAAAAUCGGUCAUAUCACGUCCACAUUUGACCAACACAUCGCACGUUCGUCAGCCUUUCCUGAGACCAUCGGUCAUGACAUCUCGAUCGUCACUGGAGGCCAUCUUCCAAAGAUCUCCACCCCGCCGCGCGCACCAGAAAUAACCAGCUGGGGAGAUUAUGGCGACGCUCUAGAGGGCCAAUUCGCCUUUGCCAUGGCACUCGGCGUGCGAACCGAGAAGUCAAAGGAAGUCGAAAGAGACGCACUUGGUAAGAUACAAAAAGCCGUUGUCGAGGGCGCAGAGUAUCUCUGGGAUAGAAAGACGCGGACACAGUCUGCUGCUCUUCUCUGGCGUACCCUGCUCGACGGAGCCGGCAUGGAAGUACUACCAGGUUCAGUUUUGUGUCUAGGUCAGCGCACGGAUCCUUGUUGUCGUGCCGUACUUUUUAAGAAUUUUGAGACACCCAUGUGCCCCCAGCACUUUGAAAGUGAUUCAACUUCUGGCCUUGGAGACGCUGCCUGGUCCAGCAUUAAGGGUGGCUUCCUUCUGCCUACGAAGAUCAGGGGUGCUGAGAUUAUUUGUGAGAGCGAAAAGUGGUCAACAGUUCCAGACAAUCAAAUCUUAGAUGUUGAUUGA